AGCAGGACCUUCACGGUCCCCGACUACAGCUCCUCCGAUGAAGACGAGGAAGAAAAGCUCGCCACUUCCCGUCUCUCGCCCCCGCCAACACCUAGCAGGACCUUCACGGUCCCCGAUUACAGCUCCUCCGACGAAAACGAGGAAGAAAAGCCUACCACUUCCCGUCUCCUCCCCCCUCGCAACCCCAAAUUUAGCCUCUCCCAAGUGAAGCUCGAGGCCAGUAGAGAGGCCUUGAGAAGGCACAUCGCGGCUGUAGGAAGAGCCGGAAAGGUGCCCUCCCCGGCUGAACUUUCAGCAAAAAGACGUUGAAACCAUACCACUGGGAUAACAAUGCAUCGUC